GCUGAUUUUGUUGCACGUGUUUUACUCGAAAUUUUUGUUAAUCAUUGUUAAUAAUGGUUUACUAUUUCACUAGCGAAGUUGUGCAACCAUCCAUAACUUUGUUUAUGGGAAUAGAUAAAUUCGAAAAUGAAGAUCUUAUUAAAUGGGGUUGGCCUGAAGAUGUAUGGUUUCAUGUUGAUAAAUAUUCAUCUGCCCACGUGUAUCUUCGACUUCGACAUGGUCAGACAAUAGAUGAUAUUCCCAGUACUGUAUUAGAAGAUGCCGCACAAUUAGUGAAAGCAAAUAGUAUUGAAGGAAACAAAAUGAAUGAUGUCGAUGUUGUGUACACAAUGUGGUCAAAUUUAAAAAAAACACAAGGUAUGGAAGUUGGACAGGUUGGCUUUCACAGAGAUAAAGAAGUUCGUAAAAUUCAUGUUGCUAAGCGAAUAAAUGCUAUCGUGAAUCGUCUUAACAAAACAAAACACUCAGAGCAAGUAAACUUCAGAACUGAAAGAGAACAAAGAGAUAAGAAUGAACGGGAAGACAAGAAGAAGCUUUUGAGAGAACAAAAGGAGAAAGAAAAAGCAGAAGAAAAGCAACGUCAGGAAGAAACUGAGAUAAGGAGUUAUAAUUCCCUAUUUAAUACAUCUAACAUGACUUCAAAUACAGAAACCAGUGGAUAUGACUCAGAUGAUUUUAUGUGAUGAAGUUAACACUUAUAUUUUCAGUAUGUGCCUCACUUUCUAUUAUUUCCAAUAAAAGUAGAAAAUU